UUUGUGUGUUUUAGAGUGAUAGCAAGUCAAGUCAUUCCACUAGAUUUGCUUUGAAAUAAUUUGGUUGAACACAAGUUUAGUUUGCACAUCCAACUGUUAAUAGAUAAUCCACAGUGUACACUUGCACUUUGCCUCUCCAAAUAUAGGGAACAAGGCAGUCAGUACUUUUUUCUUUACUUGGCAUCUGUUGGUAAGUUAAAAUGCAACAAAGCUAUCUACAUGUUACAAAUACAAUGUUUUUCUCUGGCAGAACAUACUGUUAAACCUGAUCAUUCAGCAUGUAUUAUGGGUUUCUUGGAUUUUUAAAAGUUUUUGCUGAGUUAAUCGCCUUAUUUACAUUUUUAUAAGGGAUUUGUUUCAUGGUAGUAAUAUUGAUACGGAGAGUUUAAUUUGCAUUUUAUCUCUUCUGAUCAAACAGAAAUUAAGACCUUAUAAUGGAGUUCAGAGUGCUCUUCUUUCUGAUAUAUGCUUCCACCUUCAAAUCUGCCAUUCAAGCUCAGGACCUCCAAGCUCCAAACAUCACUGAUCUGGCCUUUAAAAACACUGACUUUGCCUUGAACCUUUACAGAAAGAUUUCAAGUCGCCAUGAUGACAACAUCUUCUUCUCACCAUUGAGUAUUUCCACAGCAUUCGCUGCCUUGUCUCUGGGUGCCAAGGGCUCAACUCUCAGCCAGAUCUUGUCGGGGCUGAUUGUGGACACACUGGCACAAAAUGAGCAGCCUGAGCUCAUUGCCCAGCUCUUCAGUCACCUCCAGGGCAACAUCACCCAGAACAGAGCACUACAGCUAGAACAGGGAAUAGCACUCUUUGUGGACCAGCAUUUCCAGGUAGAAUGGGAGUUUAGUGAUCAGAUCAUGAAAUACUUUGAUGCUGACAUUGAGAAUGUGGACUUUAGGCAGACAGAAAUCAGUAAGGAGACCAUUAAUAAGCAUGUGAGGAAGAAGACUGGGGAUAAAGUAAAGGAGUUGGUGACUAGCAUUGAUCCACUGACUCAAAUGAUGCUGACCAGUACUAUUUUCUUUCAGGGUGCUUGGGAGCAUCCUUUUGACCCUAACCAGACUCGUAGCAGUCGCUUUUAUGUGGACAAGUACAACAUUGUCCAAGUUCCCAUGAUGCUCAUUAUAGAUAAGUUCUACAUUGCCACUGAUGAUGAACUUGGAGCAAAGGUGUUGCGUCUGCCUUAUCGGGGAGGUGCAUCUCUGCUCAUUGUUCUACCGGACAGCCAUACUGAUUACAGCAUAAUAGAUGAUGAGAUAAAUGCUGCUAGAGUUCAGAGCUGGAUCAAGAAUAUGGAAAAAAUAAAAGUGGAGGUACACCUGCCCAAAUUCAAGAUGGAACACUCAUACUCCAUGCAUAAGAUUCUCCCGGCCUUGGGUAUUGAAAAUGUCUUCAAAAAUACAGCCAACCUGACAGGCAUAAGCCAAGAGGUUGGUCUGAAAGUCUCCCAGGUUCUGCACAAAGCACUGAUCAAGGUGGAUGAGAGAGGCACCAUAGCUGCAGCAGCGACAAGUGUUGGAAUUAUGGGUUACUCUAUGCCACACACCUUUUUUGUGGACAGGCCUUUCUUCUUUUUGAUAUAUCAUGAAAAAACUGAGAGUCUUUUGUUUAUGGGUAGGGUGAUAGAUCCCACUAAAUGAAAUGAAUCAGCCUCUGUGUGAUGGAAAAUGAUUUGCCCAUGUUGACCUCUGUCUUCUGAGUGAAAAUAAUAAUAAUUUUAUUAAAUAAUGGUCAUCUAUUAUAUUAUAUAUUAUGACCUUUCAUUAUAUAAUUGUUUUAUGUAGUAUUAUUUGAUAUUGUGAUUUUCUGUAUGUAUAUGUAUGAAUCUGCAGUUUAAGCAACAAGGUGUGUACAGACAAUGGAUUUUCGCAUGCAUUAAAA